CUUGAGAGAAAGGAAUCGCAUGGUGCUUGCUGCUCUGAAUGCCGCUUCUCUGCGCGUUUGCCAUCUGCAGAACCCCGGUGAACCUAUAUGCAAGCUGCUCUAAAGACCAUUUAUUUGAAAUUUUCAUUUAUUUUAGUCAGUUCUUCUGAACUGGCUUCUCUCUGGGAAUGUUUCUAGGGUUAAAGUUUGCAGGAAGAGCUUCAGGUUUGUUUUUUUUCCCCCCUUGCAGUUGGUAAGGUAAUGAAGCGGUUUAAAUAAUAAAAGCCUCUGUAUGUUGCCGAAGAUUUAAAAUUUGUGUUGUGGGAAAGACUUCAUAGAAAUUGUGUGCAUUUCCUUUGAACUUGUUUUAUCUCUAUUUCUGUGCUUAAGUGUUUCGCAAAAUAGUUCUAUGGAUCAGAGUUUGACUUCCAGAUUUUUUCACUUGCGGGAUGUUUUAAUGCUCAGAUAUUUGCCUUUAUAUCUAAAACUGUGAAAACAGCUUAUUUAGUUUAGUCAAUUUACUAAAAGUAAUUGUGGACAUGGUAUGGCUCUGCAGCCAACAGACUGAACGAGCAGUGUUAUAGACUCUGGUUUUCAAGACACAGAUUUUAGAAUUUGAGAUCGCUGGUUGCUUUGGAGGGUAACUAAGUCUCUGUACACUGAUCUGGAACAGCAUCUAAAUGUACUUUGCUACUUAACAGCUGUUUUUAUGAUAAUAAGUACACGAGAAGUAGGUCAUGGUAUUGCUUUCUGUGAGCAAUAGUACAAGGAUAACUUUCAUUAUUUAAAAAGGUAGUAGAAAAAUUAUAUUUUUAAAGGUCACAUUUGGAGACUAGUUUGGAAGAAUUAGGUUCUUCUGGUAGUGGAAAAAAAAUUUAAGCUGAUGCUAGGGGGAAUACCUGAAUAAUGCAUUUUGCUUUUUUUUAUUGCUUCCUCCAAGUAAGGCAGGAAAGUUUUAUUUUUCAAAAAAAUGUUUUUAAUUCUACACCUUUUUUUAUUUUUUUUGUCACUGAAUCUCAGGACCCUUCCAGCUUUGGAAGUGGUGGAAAUGUGAGUGGAAUGGAAAAUGAGGAUUAAAAUUAACUUUAAAUCCUUGACUGAGUGAAAGGACAGAAGGAGUUUGUUAGCCUGAAAGAAAGGCUGUAGUUACAUACCCUAAACUGCGUUCUGUCUGUGGUUUCAGGCACAAUCCAUUUCCAUUUCACAUACUGAUACUUGCUGCUGUUUUAAACUCUGUUUUCUUGCUAACUUGCUGUCCUUGCCUUGUCUCACAACCCGGUUUCAAAAACAUGCUAUAUUUUGUAAUCUUUUUCCUUCAAAAGAUCCACACUGACGCUCCUCACUCUUCAUUGUCUGCAUGCUUUUAGCAAAGUUGUCUCCGGCAGACGGGAGACAGCCUUCCAGAAGGACAAGGUUGCUCUUAGUUGCAAGCAGCCUGUAGUGAGGCUGUGUAGUGGCUCUCAGCAGAUCAGCAGGAGCAGCAAAGGAGAUGGCACAGUUUGAUCGGGCCAGUGCGGGUCUGUAUUCUGUGACAGCGAAUGCCAGGAGGUUAUUACUGUAGCCGGAGCUGAAGGUCUGACAGGAGAGGUAAGAGGAGGUGUCUGGAGGUGAAACUUCAGGUAGCAUGCCUGUUUCUGUCCUUUAAGGGGCAUAGUCUGCAGAGGGAGCUGAAGGGGACGGGGCAGUUCCGCUCAGGGCGUUUGUUGUGGAAAGGGGUCUGGCUAAAGAACCUGCUGUUUGCCAGCUCAUGUCAGGAGUGCUGGAUCUCUGAGACCCAGCUAAGACCCCCCAGAGAAGACAAUGUCUAACAGAAGAGGUCAAGGUGAGCUUCAAGGUGGAAGGUUGAAACCUGAAUAGUGGGAAUUGUGCAGCCCCUGAGGCAGGUGCAUGAGGUGCCUGGUGAGGGUUCAGAGGGGGAAACCUUUGUCUAGGUACUACUGGUCCCCUGCUUUAAGCUUACCCUGUUACGAGAAGAGAACUUUGUGACAGCGUUGCAUGAUCUGCUCAGAAUCCUUUGUCUGCCUCAUCCUGGAAAUACAGAACUGUGAAGGACAUUGCAGAUUAAUAUUAUUAAAGUGCCAUGCAAUGUAAGCUUUACUAGACAAAACAGGAGGAGCGUUAUGUGCUGGUGGCUGCCUUGUCUAAUGUAGAUGUGUAUAUUUUGGUAAGGAUUUUAAUGAGGGAUAAUAGUACCCUGAUGCAGAGUAAUGAGGCCUCUUCAAGGGUCCUCUUUUCAAUGCUUCCUCUGUAUCAUAGUUUGUGCAGUUUUUUUACUUUAUUUCAAUGUUGCUGGAAAAUGGAUUGAAAGCAGUGAAAGGAAGGAAAAUUUUGUAAAAGGGGAAGGAGAGGUUUUGUGGUUUAAAUACUGUCUGUCUGGGAGAACUGGGUUCUUCUUAAUCUCAUUUGUUUCCAUGGUGAAACUGGAUGCAUUACUUGAACUUGACCUGUCAUAAGAGAUGGGUAAUUGUAUAUCCCUUGUUUGCUGUGUACUUACUCUAGUGAACUUUAGAGUUAGAAGAAUCCUGAGUGUUUAAAGGUUCAGUCAAGGGAAACUGAUGCCAAGUGCUUGGAAAUUUGUGUCUUUACUUGUAAUCAUGGAUAAGUAAUUUGAUAGUGCUCAGGGAAAAGUGAAUGAGCAUAUUUCCUGUAUUGAAUAGGGCUGAGAUUCAUGAAAAAUCUAGUAAGAUGCUCUGUUGUGAGGUGUACAGAGAAGUCUAUAUGAUAGAACCUCUCUACUUCUAUCUUUUUCUUCCAGGCUUCUCCAUGAUAAAAAUAUUACUUUUAUCCAUUGUAGGUACAUUCACUAAUAGUGGUUUCCCUUCUCAGGGAGCCAUGCUUUAUUCUUUACCUUUAAUAAAGAUCUGGCAGCAAGUAAGGAAGAGGGGCCUUCAGUUCUUCUAUGUCAUAGUCUGUGUGGAAAUUCUGCAAAAUGGAGAGUUGUCACAAGGAAAUUGUAUUAAGAUGGUACAGGAAAAGAGGAGUUGGACUGAGGGAGUGGGCGAGGAGAAAAAUAUAGAUGAAAAGUCAUUGUUAUUUAACCAUCCUCCCUUCGUUUUAACUUGCAGAUAUCCUUGAUUUGCAGAAGGCAUCUCAAAAUGUUGUGUCGAGCUGCUCUGAGCCCGCUUGUCCGUUCCCCUGGAUGGUGCUUUGUCUCACCGCCACAUGUCACCGCAGCCAUUUCUCGUUUAUAUCUCCCUUGCCAAAGAUUAAGGAAUGAAUCCAUCCGUUGUUGGAGCAACAUUCCAUUUAUCACCGUGCCACUCAGCCGUGCACAUGGAAAAUCAUUUGCUCACCGCAGUGAGCUGAAGCAUGCAAAACGGAUUGUAGUAAAGCUGGGUAGUGCUGUUGUUACUCGAGGGGAUGAGUGUGGCUUGGCCCUUGGGAGGCUGGCUUCUAUUGUAGAGCAGGUCUCAAUGCUGCAAAAUCAGGGCCGAGAGAUGAUGAUUGUCACCAGUGGGGCUGUAGCUUUUGGAAAGCAGCGGUUGCGUCAUGAGAUAUUGCUUUCUCAGAGUGUGAGACAAGCACUUCAUUCAGGCCAGAGUCAGCUAAAAGAUAUGGCUAUUCCGGUCUUGGAGGCCCGAGCCUGUGCAGCAGCUGGGCAGAGUGGAUUAAUGGCUCUGUAUGAGGCCAUGUUUACACAGUACAGCAUCUGUGCAGCUCAAAUUUUAGUCACCAAUCUGGAUUUCCACGAUGAGCAGAAGCGUCGCAACUUAAAUGGAACAUUACAUGAGCUUUUAAGGAUGAAUAUUGUCCCUAUAAUUAACACUAACGAUGCAGUUGUUCCACCUCCAGAGCCAAACAGUGAUCUGCAGGGGGUAAAUGUAAUUAGUGUGAAGGAUAAUGACAGUCUGGCAGCACGACUGGCUGUGGAAAUGAAAACCGAUCUCCUGAUUGUACUUUCAGAUGUGGAAGGACUUUUUGACAGCCCUCCAGGGUCUGAUGAUGCAAAGCUUAUUGACAUAUUCUACCCAGGAGAUCAGCAGUCCGUAACAUUUGGAACCAAAUCCCGAGUGGGAAUGGGUGGCAUGGAAGCCAAGGUGAAAGCAGCUCUGUGGGCCCUGCAAGGAGGCACUUCAGUAGUGAUUGCAAAUGGAACUCACCCAAAGAUCUCAGGUCAUGUCAUCACAGAUAUUGUAGAAGGGAAAAAAGUAGGAACUUUUUUUUCAGAGGUAAAACCUGCAGGCCCUACUGUGGAACAGCAGGCUGAAAUGGCUCGAGCUGGUGGCAGGACCUUGGCGGCUCUACAGCCUGAGCAGAGAGCAGAGAUUAUUUAUCGUCUUGCUGACUUACUAACGGACCAGAGGGAAGAAAUUCUCUUGGCAAACAAGAAGGACUUAGAGGAGGCUGAAAAUAAAGGAAGAUUAGCCCUCCCUUUGUUGAAACGCCUAAGUCUGUCUACUUCAAAGCUAAACAGCUUGGCUAUUGGUCUGCGUCAGAUUGCAGCAUCCUCGCAGGACAGCGUCGGCCGUGUAAUUCGACGAACUCGAAUAGCAAAAGACCUGGAUUUGGAGCAGGUUACAGUUCCAAUUGGUGUCCUUCUCGUCAUCUUCGAAUCUCGUCCUGACUGUCUUCCACAGGUGUCUGCUUUGGCCAUAGCCAGUGGAAAUGGUUUACUACUUAAAGGAGGGAAAGAGGCAGCACAUAGCAAUCAAAUACUUCAUCAUCUGACACAAGAAGCACUCUCUAUUCAUGGAGUCAGAGAUGCAGUGCAACUGGUGAACACAAGAGAGGAAGUAGAAGAUCUCUGCCGUUUGGAUAAGCUGAUAGAUCUCAUCAUUCCACGUGGUUCAUCACAGCUAGUCAGAAAUAUCCAGAAAGCGGCUAAGGGAAUCCCAGUGAUGGGUCACAGUGAAGGGAUCUGUCAUGUGUAUGUUGACACGGAUGCCAGUGUUGAGAAGGUCACACGAAUAAUCAGAGACUCAAAGUGUGAAUAUCCUGCUGCCUGUAAUGCUCUGGAAACUCUCUUAAUUCAUCGAGACUUGCUGAGAACCCCGUUGUUUGAUCAGAUCAUAGACAUGCUGAGAGUAGAACAGGUGAAGAUUCAUGCUGGCCCAAAGUUUGCAUCUUACUUGACAUUCAGUCCUUCAGAAGUGAAAUCUCUGCGCAUAGAAUAUGGGGACCUGGAGUGCUGCAUUGAGGUGGUGGACAGCGUUCAAGAGGCUGUUGAACAUAUCCACAAGUAUGGAAGUUCCCAUACGGAUGUUAUUAUCACAGAGAAUGAGAAAACAGCAGAGUUCUUCCUCCAGCAUGUGGACAGCGCUUGUGUUUUCUGGAAUGCCAGUACCCGAUUCUCUGAUGGCUAUAGGUUUGGACUUGGUGCUGAAGUGGGAAUUAGUACUUCGCGUAUCCAUGCACGUGGACCAGUGGGAAUUGAAGGACUCUUAACAACGAAGUGGUUGCUGAGGGGGGACAAUCAUGUUGUUUCUGACUUCUCAGAGCAUGGGAGCAUGAAGUAUCUUCAUGAAAGCCUCCCUCUCCCUCAGAGAAAUGCCAACUGAAAACACUGGGGAGAAAACCCAGGAUAUAAUUAUUUCCUGAAAUUAUUCAGGCUUCAGGAUAAUCUCUGAUGGUGAAGGAGUUUGUUUUUCAUCGUCAGAAACAUUGUCCUUGGUCAUUUUGCAGUGCAAUGAAUACAAAAUUAUCCCAUCAAUGAGAAUUCUCUCCCUCCCACCCCUUUCACUUUCUUUAGACAGUAUCUGCAAACUGACCUCACUUCUCCCAAAGACAGAUUUUUUAAAUCAUAUAGGUAACAUAAGGAUUUCAGUAUCAACUACAUUCCUUUUUUAUCACAGUGCUCUCUGUAGCAAAUAUAUUUGGUGGUGGAGCUUAAUUUUUUUUUUCUGAGUUUUGUUUUAUUCAAGUAUCUGUUCUGGAGAACAGACUCAGUAGUUUUGGUUUUGAGGGUUUUUUUCUUCAGUCUUAGGAUCAUGGCCUCUCUUGAGGGCUGGAAAGCUUUAUGCUUAAUUUCUUUGUAUUUGAUCAGUCUUGAGAUAGGGGGACAGAUGUUCCAAAUGUAUAGUAAACUUUUGACCAAAAAACCUUUUAUAUCUAAUUCUUUGUAUUGUUGGCUAUUGUAGAUAAAAAACAUCAUUGUAUGCUACAUUAAUUUUGUUACUUAUUUGUAUCAAAGGUUUAUUUUUCUUCGGUUUAUAUAAAACUUACUCCAACAGCA